GGCCACGAUCAAUGUCAGUCCACUUCAGAUGCGCAAGCACACCCAACGCAUAUAACUUUAUAUUUCAUAUCAUUUAUUUGUUCAUUUCCGUCACGAUGGUGUCAGCUGUGAUUAAGUUAAGUGCGGUGUUAAUGCUGGUGGGAAUCUGCUUUGCUGAUAUAAGCCUAAAACCGGUAACGGAGGUGUGCCUUGGAUGUAUGUGCCAAGCUGUCUCCGGCUGCCAGCAGGGUGCCACCUGUGAAGGUGACGCCUGUGGCCUGUUCAGAAUCACCUGGGCAUAUUGGGCUGAUGCUGGCAAACCAACAUUGCCUGGCAUUUCUCCCGACUCCCCUGACGCAUAUGCUAGCUGCACGAAUGACCCUCACUGCGCCGCCGACUGUGUCCAGGGCUACAUGAGGAAAUUCGGACAGGAUUGCAAUGGAGACGGCGUCGUGAACUGCUACGACUACAUGGCGAUCCACAAACUCGGCGGGUACGGGUGCAAAGGUGAUUUGCCGUUCCAAUAUGUUAACGUGUUCAACCAGUGCGUAGCAGCGGUUGCUCAAGCUCAACAAGGCUGAAUGGAACAUCCAGGAUAUUUCAAAAAUAGAACAGUUUAUUUAAGAUUUUACAAAAAAGCAUUACUACGUCAUAAGAUGUGUUAAAAAAAACAUGUCUAUUCAACUC